AUGAGUAACUGCAACAAGACCAAGGCUAGGAGUUUCACCGGCUGUUGGGCUUGCCGAUUUAAAAAAAGGCGGUGCGACGAAAAUAAGCCCUUCUGCUCUCUGUGCUUAAGGCAUGGAGAUCAGUGUAGUUACGACAUUAGGCUAGUGUGGCAGAACGAAAACAUCUUCUCCGUUAACGAAAACAAGGAGCUGGUCUCCUGGAAAAAGCUCAGAAAUUUGUGCAAGCAGCCUAACAGAAAUCGAAUCUCAAGACGCAGGUUCCAGCAGAUGACACAGUUCAGGCAAAUCUCACCGCCCAACUCCGACGAUGAGGACUCGGACAAAAAGGAUGCAGCCCACGAUGAUGGAGAGAGUGAUGAGGACCGCGAUGAAGAAAAUGACAGUAGCAAAAAGAAUACGUUCACAAUCAGCGUACGUCGGCUCAAAAUUUAUGACAAUGCAUUAGACUGCGUUCAUGGUCAAACGGACAAAAAUUUUGACCAAAGGUUCGUGGAUCAGCAGCUCGGGCAGCUUUUAACCAAGUUAGAGAGUAGUAGCCAGGUCGCUGGUGAUGAUCGCAGUGGACCGUUUUGUGUUUUCAAAGUCGACAGUUUCAAAAAGAGAAAUGACAGUGAAAAACCGGUUAUCUCUCGGACUUCACACGAAACGCAUAACGAGCUUUCGAGCUUACCAAAUACCCCAAUAUCUGAAACAAAUUCUUUUCUGGCUAUGCGUUUGUCUACUGCGGAGGCGACAUCCAAAUUUUUGUCCCACCACUGGCCCAACCUUCUACUAGCCAAUGACACAAAUUUUUGUCUUCAGCAGCCCGCAUAUGUGAAAUGGUUAACGACACAUAUAGGGUCCAUGGGUCACUUAUUGCAUCCUGAUUUCCUAGAGGAGCUUAUGAAUGGCUCCGUGGACUCUUCUAAAUGGCUUUCGAUGAUUCCUCACUUUUCAAUGGAAUGCCAAGCACUAUAUUUGGUGCUACUAGUUAUGGCAGAGCGGGAGAAAGACAUGGUGGAUUUUGUUUCACGUUGGGUACUAUCGCAGACCCAGGUGUCUUAUUUAUCAUUUCCUUUAAUUGCGCACUCACUGAAGUCAUGCAACAAAAUAGCGUUUUUGUUUCAUUGUCAUGAAUUGCUGGCUGAUGCCACGCUACAAGACCUAUUCCAGUAUGAGCUGACAUCUAUGUUGAAGAUCAACACUGUGCGGCUUAUUUUACAGUAUUGGAGCAACUUAAUGAUGGACCAAAUUUGCCAAUGCCAAGAUACCACAAACUCAGAAAUGCAGUUGAAGUUUUGGGAGAUGCAGUUACAGUGUAACGAGGAGUUUUAUAGAGAUAUCUGCCUAGUUUGA